GUUUACUUCCGGUGAUGAUGUCAUCUUCAAAACAAAGGACAUACCACUUUCAGUUCGGACGUUAUAAAUGAUGUACUGCCUGGAGGAACGAGGCAAAUUUACUUAAUCGUGUCACAGGAACUUGAAGUGAUGUGAUGUACUUGAGAAGACAGCCACUGUUCAACAACUUAACUCCUUAAUGAUGAAAGGACACUGAUCUCUAUUAUCAAACUGUGCUCCGGUGUGUUUUGCCUGCUAACAAGGAAAAAAACAACCAAAACCUCCUACAGCCCACUAUCAUUUCAAAUAGUUUUUCGUACAUAAGUGAAUUUCCUGGUGGUGCUUUCAACAAUGGCAGCUGUUUCUGCAACGGUCACAGACCCUAAUGUGGGAUUACCUCAAGAUGAUAAAAACUCUAAUACCAGCUUUGGUACACUAAGAACACGAAGACGAUCGAGCCAUUCACUGAGUCUGCUCACCAUUCCAGAAAUCAAAAUGCAAGGCAGUAGCUCCUGUCCCGUUUACCAAAGAUCCUUCAGCUUUGACCCAGAAGAGACUGUAGAAGAAGGGUGUGAACUUUUCCAACACUUUGUUAUAGAUCAGAUUAAUAAGGAAGGUCUCAAACCUCCAGAAGAUGUCUUCUCGCCCACCGUAAUAAGGACACCUGAUGAAUAUAAGAAGUCUGUGUGGGCUGAAACAGGGAGAGAGCUGCGAAUCAUGGCUGACAAAUUUGCCAAAACCAAAGAGAGACAGAUUGUCAGACAGAAGGCCAAUGCUGUAAGCAUGUGGGGGAUAACAAAGGAGAAGUUUCUCUCCUUACUAUCGAGCCUGUUUAACGAGGGUGGCGUUACCAAAGAGAGGAUCAUGGUCCUGUUUUUCUUCUGCUCGGACCUUGCCAUACGAUCAUUGAGGCAGAACGCAUUAAAUAUGUUCAAGAUGUUUCUGGAGUGGUCACUAGCUUACGUGGCAGAACAGGUGUGUGCCUGGGUGCAGGAGCAUGGAGGUUGGGGUGCUGUUCUUGUAGAUGGGUCCAUUCAGCUGUUUCAGCGAGUACUUGUGGGAUUGAGUAUACUGGUGGUCUCCUAUGGAUUCUACAAGUUGAUUCGCAAAGGAUCGUGAUUGUACUACCCACAAUCCCAUUCAGUCAUGUCGCACUAUCACAUUCAUAAGCACAUACAUUUGUCAUUCACAUGGAUUCAUGUACCAAUAAAUAAUCGUUUUUUUUUUUUUACAUGAAAUUUAGAGAGGACCGAUAGGUAUGGACACUGUUGGGUCAGAUUUGGUGUCCAUGUGAACUACCUAUUUAAAGUGAAAUGUCUCUUGUGAGACAGUAUUUUGUAUAAAAUGUUUUGAAGAGAAUUUUGUGCAUCAGAAGUUGUUUGAAUUCCAUGUCUACAAGCCAUGUACAUGUAUAUUAAUGGUCUCAUUGAGUUUAAUUUUACUGUUAUAACAAUUGGAUUUCAAAGUUUGCUUUAAAUACUAAUUGGCAUGCAAAGUGUCACAGUUUGUUUUGGAUGUGUCAAGUUUGAUAUUGUUGAUAAAUUGAGAAAUGUAUGUAUGUUUUUGUGUUUUUGGAUAUUUGAAACUUGUUUAUUUACCAUUGAAGAAUCACAAUUAUGUUCAGUGAAUGUUGGCACUUAAAUAAUCAGUGUUUUCAAAUUAUGAUUAAGAGCAGAUGUAAUAGAUACCAUGACAGUCUUGGAAAAUAAUACCUUUGUUCAACCUUGGCAACUUUGAUAAGAAAUAUCAAAUGGUGUGGGUUAAUCAAAACAUGUGAGACUUUGUCAAGUUUGAUACUUUAGCUAAAAUAGUUUAAAAAUCCCUUGGCUACUUUGACAGACCAACCAUACACUGUGAAUACUUUAUACGCCCUGAUUACGACUUCAACCAGAUAUUAUGACAAAUAGAUGCAAGAUUUAUUGUAAAGUUAAAAUUUGAAAUGACUGAUAGACUUGUCAGUAAUUUUUACAAUAGUAUUGGAACCCCUUGACUGAAUUGUACAUAAACUUUGUAAAUGUCAAUAGCAAAUAGUGUGAUGAUUUUCUGAAUUACUGGUAUGUACUAUAGCCAUGUUGUGUGCUUUGUGAUGUGUGACAUUGGCUUGUAACUUAUUGUUGACUGAUCUGGUGUGUUGCCUGGUGAUCUUUGCUCGUGUACCGGUAAUGUGGCAGGUGUGUGAUCUUUUUAGACAUGUGACUCAACUUUCAGGGUGUUUUUCUCGUUAUUGGAAAGCAUGAAACCAAAGUACAUUUCAGAGACUGUUACCUAAAACCCAGUGUGCAACAGAAAGGAAACAAUAAACUGUAAUGGAAACGAGAAUUAGCGAGAACAAGCUUGUUGUAUGAAGUUGCAUUUUCUGAUUUUUAGGAAACAGUGUUCUGGUUUUUCAGUCCCUGUCUUGUAUUCUAUACUUUUCCUUUAUGCUUUGCAGAGAUUUUGCUUUCAACCAAAUAAUGAUAUAGUUUUUGUCAAAGAUACUCCAAUAGUCAUAUAUGAAUUGUGGAAUUUUACUUAGAGCACCAUUGUGUGGGUUGGUCACAUUUUACAUUUGUGUAAUACCUGAUGCAUUCCAUGCUUUUUCUUUUGUGCUACAUUACCACCAAAGCUUAAUAUUGCUGAGCGUUUUGGUAAUUAAUUGAUCUCACAGCUAUUGUUGACAUUCUGAGACUCUCUUUCUUGAGGUACAGUGUAAUCCUACUAGUGACAUCCCUUGCCUGCAAAGCCAGGUAGCUUUACAACACAAGCCAUGUUCGUUUCUGACACAGCAAUGUUUGCUUCUGAUACAGCCGUGUUGGUUUCUGACGCAGCUAUUUUGGUUUCUGACACAGCCAUAGGGGCCUACUUUAUGGCACUUCCAUGUUGGUUAAACAGGAAAGAGCCACAUGUGCUUAGAAAACUUAUGUGGAAAGAGUCGGUACACAGCCAUGCUGCUUUACAGCACAGACAUGUUGGUUUAUGACACCGCCAUGUUGGGUUAUGACACAGCCAUGUUGGGUUAUGACACAGCCAUGUUGGGUUAUGCCACAAUCAUGUUCAUUGUAGUGUCGAGUGUCAAACUGCAAUGUGAACAACUUUAGCUCUGUUAAGUCUUCGGGAAAUAUAAAUACCGGUAAUAAAUAUUUCAUCGUGAUUCUUCCCUGACCUAUCACAGUCUAUUAGCAUGGUACCUGAGGGUUUUACUCCACCAAUUCCUUGUUUGUUAGAGAUAGGCCAACUUGGUUUUAGUACCUUAAAUCCCUUUGAAAUGGAUCACACUUUUUGACUCUGGUUGCCAUGGAUUUGGCUAUUUGAGGGUUUUCUUUUAACUUCACCAGUAAAGUGUUAUGAUAUUUUUGUUAUUUAAGCCUGUUAUUAACUUCCGUUGUCAAAAUUUCCAGGUAAUAAUUUAACUGAAUGUAAUUGAAGAGUUAUCACCUGUUUUGAAAUUUGAAAUGUUAAAAUGAAUUCAAAAAUUUCUUGUUGGAGUUUGUGCUGCCUCCCUUGUUACAUGCUCUAUGUUUAGCUGUAAUCAGUUAUGGGGGAUGUUAGCAUUGAUGUGUUUGUUUGGUUAAACUAUAUAUUUUAAUAUGGUUAUGACUGACUACUAUUACAUGUUUGUAUGUCUUGUCAAGGUUUUUGUCUGGGUAAGUAAUCUAAGUAUUCAAUUUCAAUCUCCCAUUCAUCUAUAAUGACUCUAAAUUAACCAAACGUUUGAUUUUAGUUCAUUAUUUUAUUGUUUUUAUAGAUGAGGGUACCAACAAAGCGAUGAUAUUUCUCUAUUGCAAUUUUGGGCUCAAUGAUGUUGUUUUUUUGGUAUUAAGUUUCUUUGCCAUAUUUUCUUUGCUCCCAUCAAUGGAGGGCUACAUUGUGUAGUAAUAUGUGUUUCAUUGAGAUGCAUUCAUUGGAAAACAGCAUGAGGAAAGUAUUGGUCAAGUAUAAUGUGUACUCAGUAAGUUACCCAUUAUGGUAUCAUUUUCAUUGAAGAACAUCUCUGGUGUUUGCUCAAACAUCCAAAAAGUAGGCCUUAUAUAAAUUUGUGUAUAUUGCUUUGACAAAUGGUAACAACACAAUGGGUUAAGAAUAAACAGUAGUCUAGCUGGUUCAAAAGAUGACAAACUAAUGCUUGAAAUUCUUUUUACCAUUGAUUGAGACAAGGGCCUUAUGUUGAUUACAAUGUAAUAUUGAUAGCCCUAGAAUGGAAACAAAACCCCUUCAAAAAAGACGGUAGAAAAGAUUUUUACAUUCCUUCAGCAGGAGAGCCUAUCAUUUUGCAAUCCUACAGGUAUUCUUUGGCUUGUUUGCCUCUUCAUUUAUAAGGUAUCAAAUAAUUAAUGGAAUAAGAAACAGUAACCUGACAAUUUUGGGCAAGCAGGCAAUCAGGCCAAGUAUAAACAGAAUUUACUAUUUUGUAGGUUCUGAUAAGAAUGUGAAUUUUGACUGUUAACAAUGAAUAUGUGACUAGGUCUAGUGGUCCAAGACACAGCGCAACAUUUAUCAUCAUCUGUCCAAGCAUGGGAGUAAUUAAGCUUUGCAGGAAUGUUGGUGUCUGAGAUGGUGUACUCAAUCUUAUGAUCUUCUCACUGUGAACUUGUGCAUGUGCCAGCUACAUGUAGUCAGCCAAGUAUCAAUGUUUUCAGAAAUUUCAACGUUGAUAACGUAUCUAAGCAUAUGGCAGUAUUGAUGAGCUAGUAACAAGUAAAGAUUGUUUGGUAAUUCCUAUAUGUUUUGCUUUAUAAAUUAAUCU